AUGGACUGCGUUGGCCAUGAUAAAUCAGUAGAAUGUCUGGCCAAUUCACUAGACAGCAGUUGGAUAGCGACAGGGUCUUAUGACUCCACCAUAAUCCUUUGGAACUCGAGGGGAGAGGUCGCAAAGGAAUGGGUAGCACACGGCCCUGGCGGGGUUGUGAAUUCCCUCGCGUUCUCCCCCGACAGUCAUUAUCUUGUCUCCGCCGGCUCCGACGGCAUGGUCGCGAUUUGGGAUGUAAACCAAGACGCAAGCAAAACUGCAACGCUCGCGGGCCAUACUCACGCUGUUGCGUCCUGUGCGUGGUCCCAAGACGGCACUCUGAUCGCGUCUGCAUGCGACGAGAACAGCUAUCCUUACAGACCGGGGGCGCCCGAGCCCGAGCCGGAAAGCUUAACCGUGCGCCUUUGGGACGCCCAGACGUUCCAGCAGGUCCACGUCUUCGAGGGACCACACGAAGGGGCUAUCUGGUCCGUCGCGUUCUCUCCAGACGGGCGUUGGCUGGUGUCUAGGGGCGAGGAUCAUUACUGCUGCGUCUGGGAUGUUGCGAGGCGUACGCUCCAUACGGUCCUCCGGGGACACGGAGGGUUGCUCCGUGCCGCUGCCUUCCAUCCCCGGAGCACACGCCUGGCCACCGCCUCGAUGGAUCACACCAUUCGAAUAUGGGAUGUGGAGAAGGGAGAGACGCUCCUCACGUUGGCAGGACAUAAAAACGAGGUGUUUGCAGUAGCUUUUUCCCCAGAUGGGCACCUCAUAGUGUCUGCUUCUGGUGACGAAACGGCGAAAGUCUGGGAUGCGAACAGCGGUGCCAUGCUCUUCUCGAUCGAAGGACACGACGAGCCAUGUCGUAGAAUAUCCUUCUCACCAAGCGGGCAUUACAUAGCGUCCGGAUCAAAUGACAGGACCGUACGGCUGUGGAGGACCGACGACGGCUCAUGCUUGGCUGUAUUCCGCGAUCAUGGAGGGGCAGUGAACAGAGUGGCUUUCUCUCAGGAUGGAGAGACACUUACAUCAGUGGCAACGGAUGGCACUGUUUGCAUCCGUCAUCUGAGCGACGUCAUUGGCAAAGGACGACAUGCGUAG